GAACCUUUUUCUUUAGGUUAGUAAAAGUACGUGACAUUAUAUUUUACAAAUUAAACAAUAUUGUAUUUUUGUAGUCAUCGCCUGGAAAUAAUCACUUUUUAAGAUUAACAAUGCCAGCAGCCGACGAAAUAAAGUCCAGCUGGGCUGACGAGGUAGAAUUAGAAGGAGGUGCCUUGCCACCACCCAGUGAAGUCUUCGAAAAUGGUUUCAAGAUUGUUACUGAAUAUAAAUACAAUGAAGACGACAAGAAAGUUAAAAUUGUCAGGACGUACAAAAUUGAGAAGCGUGUUGUAUCCAAGUCAAUUGCUCUCCGUAAAACAUGGAAAAAGUUUGGUGAUGUUGCCAAUGAUAAACCUGGUCCGAAUCCCGCGACUACCAUCGUAGCCGAAGACGUUUAUAUGCAGUAUAUCACUAGUAAGGAAGAAGAUAAUAAGCAGGAUGAAGAUUCUUUGGACAAAUUGAAAGGAAUGGGUGAUAAGAAAUUCUUUAAAUGUCGUACAUGUAAUGGUGAGCAUUGGACUACAAAAUGUCCAUGGAAGGACACUAUGUUUGUUGGUGGAAAGCCACCAGAUGAUAAGAAAAUAUCAGCUGUUGGAGGUGCAGCUGUUGGUGAGACUGGCAAACAAGGUUCCAAAUAUGUACCUCCUAAUUUGAGAGAUGGAGGUGUGAAGAGAACUGAUGGGUCUAAUGUAGCUAAACGAGAUGAUAGUUCCUGUGCUAUCAGAAUUGCCAAUUUGAGUGAAUCCACAACUGAAACUGAUUUAGAAGAUCUGGUCAAACAAUUUGGACCAAUUCAAAAAUUGUAUUUAGCAAAAGACAAGAUAACUGGUGGAUGUAAAGGAUUUGCUUAUAUACAUUUCAAAUUUCGUUCUGAUGCAGCAAAGGCGAUCGCAAUGCUUCAUGGACAUGGUUAUGAUCAUCUUAUUCUCACUGUUGAUUGGUCCAAGCCAUCACCAAAUUCUAACCAAUAAUUGUAUCAUCAGGUUUUUGAAUAAUAAAAAGUUUUUGAGUAAUUAA